AUGGACUGUAUGGAUUUCCCGAAGGUUUUUCCCAAUUCUCCCAGAAGAGCGCGCGGACAGAUACAGGUUAUCUUUGGACCCAUGUUUUCAGGAAAAAGCACAGAACUAAUGAGAAGAGUGCGUCGCUUCCAGGUUGCACAAUACAAUUGCCUAGUGGUGAAAUAUGCCAAAGACACUCGUUACUCGGACAUUGGCAUGGCCACACAUGAUAAAAACACUAUGGAGGCAGUGCCUGCAAACUGUUUGGAAGAUGUACGUCCUCUCGCACUGAAAGCCUGCGUCAUUGGAAUCGACGAAGGACAAUUUUUUUCAGAUACUGUGCAGUUUGCAGAGGAAAUGGCUAACUUAGGAAAAAUAAUAAUUGUUGCUGCAUUGGAUGGAACCUUCCAAAGAAAGGCAUUUGGAAAUAUCCUGAGUCUUGUUCCUUUGGCGGAGAGCGUGGUCAAGCUGCAUGCUGUCUGUAUGCAGUGUUUCAAAGAAGCUGCCUACACCAAGAGGAUUGGAGCCGAGAAGGAGGUUGAGGUGAUUGGAGGAGCUGAUAAGUAUCAGGCGGUGUGUAGAAAGUGUUAUGGAGGCCUAGUUGACAAGGAGAACAGCGCCCCCUUCAGAGAGGAGACACCACAACAAGCACUUACAGUGAAACUGCUGGAAGCAGGUGUUCCCCGCAAACUUUUCUCUAACCUUCACCUAUGA